UUUUCUUAUUUAUUUUAUUUUCUUUUAAUUAAUGAAUUUGAAGAACAAAACAAAAAUUCAAGUAGAAAAUGUAUUUUCUAGCGAACUUUAAACGGAUUUAUAAUACUCUUCCCUGUAUUCCCCAUACAUUUCAGAAUAAAUUCUUAGCUACAACUGCCAGUCUCAACGCCAUGAAGUAUCUCAAUCAAACGGAAGCUAUUAAUGUGGACCAGGAACUUUUCAACGAGUAUAAAUUCAGUGUUGAUCAGCUAAUGGAAUUGGCCGGCUUGAGUUGUGCUCAUGCCAUUGCUAAAUGUUUUGAUGCCGCAAAACAUAGGCGAGUCUUAGUUUGUUGUGGUCCAGGCAAUAAUGGCGGUGAUGGUUUGGUAUGUGCACGCCAUUUAACCCUUAUGGGUUAUAAGCCUUAUAUUUAUUAUCCGAAACCUACUCCAAAUCCAUUGUAUGAAAAUUUAUCACAUCAAUGUAGAGGUAUGAACAUUGAAUUCCUCACAAGCUGUCCGGAGGAAGGAGAAGUAGCCAAAUCUUUUGACCUAAUAGUUGAUGCUUUAUUUGGCUUUAGUUUCAAGCCGCCGGUGAGGGAGGCAUUUGCACCAAUUGUUAAGGUGUUGCAGAAAACUCAAGUCCCCAUUGCCAGCAUUGAUAUACCCAGUGGUUGGCAUGUGGAGAAUGGCAAGAAUGAGCAAAAUGAUUUUGAACCCACAUUGUUAAUAUCAUUGACAGCUCCCAAAAUGUGUGCUCAACACUUUAAGGGAACCUAUCAUUAUUUGGGUGGCAGAUUUGUACCUCCUGGUCUUAAAGCUAAAUAUAACCUUGACUUACCCGAGUAUCCAGGUACCGAAACUUGUGUUAAGUUAUAGUUAUUUGAAAGAGCAAAUAAAUUUAAAAAAAAUUCAUUUAUUUAUUA